AUGGCAUGGCGAACAACAUUGGCACGGAGCAACAACUGUGGCAUAACAAACAACACGGACACGGGGAAACAACUAGAAAUGGCGAACAAUAUGAACACGGAGCAACAACUAGACAUGGCGAACAACAUGGACACGAAGCAACAACUAGACAUGGCGAACAACAUCGACAAGGAGCAACAGCUAGGCUUCGCACUCCGGAAAAGAAAGGUUGGAGAAAGAAAUCUGGAGGGGAAAAUAGCGGGAAAAGAGAGGGCAGAGGACAGCGAGGGGAUCGAAAUGGGAGAGGGAAGAAUAGAAGAGGGGGAGAAGAGAGGGGGAAGAAGAGGGGAAGAGAGAGGGGGAGAAGAGAGGGGAAGAAGAGGGGGAGAGAGAGGGGGAAGAGAGAGGGGGAGAAGAGAGGGGGAAGAAGAGGGGAAGAGAGAGGGGGAGAAGAGAGGGGAAGAAGAGGGGGGGUAA